CAUGAAAAGUUCUUUGGCCUGCGUUCAUGACAGCUGCCUUUUGUCUGUGGGCAUGAUGUGAAGCCACCAUUGUGGAAGGGGGAGCACACAGGGAGGGCUUGUACCUAGCUUCCAGGCUGCCAGGACGUGCAGUUUCCCUGCGAACGGGAAGCGAGCUGUCGGAGCAAGUGACUCAGACUGGCAGAGGGGAGGCUGGGGGUGGCAGCCCCCACUGAUGCCAGCUCGGGCCCCUGCUUCCCGCACCUCCAGGGAGUCACUGCUGGCCGAGAGGGGACGGAGCUCUCGGCCAAUUGGGCGCUGAUCUGAAGCGGGGGGGGGAAAUCUGCUUCUCCCCGCUCCUUCCACCUCCGCGCUGGGGCUGUGAUUCAGUUCCCCUCCCCCAGCCCACCCCCUCUGCUCGGAGGCUGACAGCCGGAGCCGCAGCCUGCCGGAGCCCCGGAGCUGUUUUCCAAGCCGUGGAAGAGAGACCCAGGGAUUUUUUCUCAGCUCCUCAGUACCUGCUGUGUCCCGGGCCACACGCGCACGGACAUGGAGAGCGUCAGCCUCCAACGACCCGCCUGGAAAUGGCAAGUACUGAGUUUGUUUUCACUCUGCGGCUGGGGCUGGGUCUCCGGGCAGAUCCGCUACUCGGUGGUUGAGGAGUCAGAGGUGGGAACCGUGGUGGGGAACGUGGCCCGGGAUCUGGGCUUGAAGGUGGAGGAGCUGCCGGGUCGCAGGCUGCGCCUGGGCUCGGAGGAGAGCCUGCGCCACUUCGCCGUGCGCCUGGACAGCGGGGCGCUGGUGGUGAGCCAGCAGCUGGACCGGGAGCGUCUGUGCAGAGCGGCUGUCAGCUGCGUGCUGUCGGUGCAGGUGGUGACAGAGAACCCCCUGCAGCUCUUCCGCCUGGAAGUGGAGAUCCUGGACCUGAAUGACAACUCCCCGAGCUUCCCCACUGCUCACCGCACCCUGCGCAUUGCUGAGUCUGCCACAGUGGCUGCACGCUUUCCCCUGGAGAGCGCACAGGACCCUGAUGUGGGCACCAAUGCUGUGGGUUCCUACCGGCUGAGCCCCAACUCCCACUUCUCCCUGGACGUCAAGCAGCAGCAGGAUGGCAAACUCUUCCCAGAGCUGGUGCUGGAGCGUGCCCUGGACAGGGAAGAGCAGCCAGAACUGCAGCUGGUGCUGACGGCCAUGGAUGGGGGAAGCCCAGCCCGCUCGGGCACGGCACAGAUAACAGUCCUGGUCCUGGAUGUCAAUGACAAUGCACCCACCUUUGACCGUGCCACAUACAAGGUGCAAGUCCCGGAAAACACGCCCAUGGGGGCUCUGCUCCUCCGGCUCAAUGCAUCUGACCCUGACGAGGGCCCCAAUGGGGAGACAGAGUACUCCUUCGGGGUUCACACCUCUGACUUGGUCCGAAGGCUCUUUGCCUUGGAUCCCCACAGUGGUGAGGUCCGGGUGAGUGGGGCCUUGGACUUUGAGGAAUCCCCUUUCUAUGAGAUCUAUGUGCGAGCCCAUGAUGGUGGGGUCCCAGAGAUGGAGGGCCACUGUGUGCUACAGGUGGUAGUGGAGGAUGCCAAUGACAACCCCCCGGAGGUGCUGCUCACCUCCCUGCUGAACCCGGUGCCAGAAGACACCCCACCAGAGACUGUUGUGGGGCUCUUUAAUGUACGGGACCGAGACUCAGGGGUCAAUGGGGAUGUGAGCUUGGAGAUCUCCCCCGAUGUGCCUUUUUCCAUCAGGUCCCUUCAGAACCACUUCUCCCUCGUCACCCGGGAGAGCCUGGACCGAGAGUCCACCUCACAGUACACAGUGGAGCUGAUUGCCCAGGAUGGUGGGUCACCCACCUUCACAACAACGCUCACGCUGCUCCUUAACAUAUCUGAUGUGAAUGACAACCCCCCACGCUUCUUGCAGCCUUCCUACGAUGCCUUCCUGAUGGAGAACAACCUGCCUGGCUCCCUGCUGUGCACUGUCUCUGCCUCAGACCCUGACGAUGGGGAUAAUUCCCGGCUUGUUUACUCCAUAGAGAGUGGCCAAGUGCAGGGUGCCCCCACCUCUUCCUUCGUCCACAUCAACCCUGACAAUGGCAACCUCUACGCUCAGCGCACCUUUGACUUUGAGCUGCUGCAGGUUCUGCCAGUCUCUGUGGCCGUGCGGGACUCGGGGUCCCCCCCACUCCACGCCAACGUUACUGUCUACAUCUUUGUGCUGGACCAGAAUGAUCACCCCCCCACCAUCCUGCACCCUGCCAGCGACAGUGACAUGCUGGCACCCCAGAGGGUGCCGCUGUCUGCCCCACCAGGCUACCUGGUCACCAAGGUGACAGCAGUGGAUGCAGAUGCUGGGCACAAUGCCUGGCUCUCAUAUCGACUGCUGCCACAGUCCACCGACCCCUCCUUGUUCCACAUGUCACUGUACACCGGGGAGGUGCGGACGGCGCGUGCCCUCCAGGACACCGACACCGCAGUGCAGCAGCUCAUUGUCCAGGUGACGGACAAUGGUGACCCACCGCUCUCCACCACUGUCACCAUCACUUUGGCCCUGGAGGAGGCAGCCCUGGAGGAGAGCUACAAGCCUCGGGAUUUCCUGGCUGGUGCCAAGGAGAAGCCGGACCUGACCCUCUACCUGAUCAUUGCGCUGGCAGCCGUUAGCACCGUGGCCCUUGCCACUGUCACCCUCCUGGCCGCCCGGUGCCUCCGGCGCAGAGGCCGUGCUGCCACCUCGCCCUGCUGCUGCUGCUGGCUCAGCGAGUCGCCCUCCCGGGACUUCUUCAAGCACUCCAGCCCCAAGCUCCAGCUCAGCUCCGACGGCACCCUUAAGUACAUGGAGGUCACCCUGCGACCCACCGACUCCCAGUCCCAGUGCUACAGCACCUGCUUCUCCCCCGGCUCCGACCGCAGCGACUUCACCUUCCUCCGGCCAUGCCCGCCCCCCGCCACCCUACCGCGGGAAACCGGGGCUUUCCUCUCCGCUACCGGUACGCUGCGGGACCCCGGCCAGCAAGCUCAGCCUAACACAGACUGGCGCUUCUCUCAGACCCAGAGACCUGGAACGAGUGGCUCCCAGAAUGGAGAGGAAGGUGGAGCCUGGCCGAACAACCAGUUUGACACGGAAAUGCUCCAGGCCAUGAUCCUGGCUUCAGCAAACGAAGCUGCUGAUGGCAACUCGACCCUGGGCGGCGGGACGGGCACCAUGGGGCUGAGCGCCCGCUACGGACCCCAGUUCACCCUGCAGCACGUCCCCGAUUACCGGCAGAACGUCUACAUCCCGGGCAGCACUGCCACCCUCACCAAUGCCGCCGGCAAGCGCGAUGCCAAGAGCGCCGGCUCCUCGGGAGGCAACAAGAAGAAAUCCGGGAAGAAGGAGAAGAAGUAGAAAAGAAGAAGGAGACCUUAGAGCUACAGGGCAGCCGGCUCCAGCACUCCCCCCAAAUCACAGCCCAGGCCGGAGGAUGAAUGUCAAUUUUUUUUUUUUUUGAUGCAAAAAGUAGGAAACGCUGCUGCGAAUGUAUCUCCUCAUCAUCAGAGCUAGGAGCAGGGUCUCGCUGCUGUUAGGUCUCAUGAUGAAAACCAAUCCGGAAGCUAAACCGAACGCAAACAAGUGCCCUGUGAAUAAUUGCUAACAUUUUAUACGAUCCCUCGGGUAUUAGAAUAUGCAAGGGCGGAAGGUCUUCUGCCACAUCUUUGGAUCCGAUUUGCUCCCAGAUAGUCUGAGAAAGGCACAAAGCUUGUGCUUGGCUUUGCCCAGUGUAAAUAAUUUUAACGCGGAUCUUUUAAUUUAUAGACCUUCGAUCAUAUUUUUUUGGAAAGGAAAAGGCAGCUCCUAGCUUAAAGCCCAUGCUCCAAUUCUUUGCUCUUAAACUUUCCAUUAGUAAAAGUCACCCUGAGUUACUGCUAGCGAUGGAUUUGUUGCUGAGAAGUUGGUAGGGAGUGCUUCAGUUCCUGCUUACCUGUUACCCGGAAAAAAAAUAAUAAGUAAGUGUUUAUAUUGCAUGAGUCAAAGGGAAUAUGGCAAAGCUGCAUCCUGAACAUUUUUCUUUUUUAGAAAUGCAACCACCAAUGGCCUGAAAUAUGAGACAAAAACAAAAGAAACCAACACCCUCCUGAUAGCUGGGAGGUAGGGAAUUCAAUGAGGAGCGUGCCGAGGCGUGCGGCAGCUGCCCCAGCGGUUCUAGGGGUCUCCGAAGAGCAGACACAUCUCAUCCCUUCCUUGCAGUAAAUAUUUAUGUGUACAGUCAAUGUUCUUCUGGAAUUAAAGCUAAGAGAGUCUCGCUCCCCUGCGGCCAGGCUCCUUUCAGGCAGCCAACUGGCCGAGUCCCCGCCGAGGGGACUGGGGGGGGAUGAGGAUGCUUCACGUUUCUGCACACCGUGUCUGCAUGCACGUCCUUCACCUCACACCUGCACUAGCGCAGUUAGCUCCACGGACCCACCGAAGUCCUCGCAUGCCCACGCAGCAUGGUGUGAACGUGCCGGCAGCUGCCCGAGUCUCCGUGCUGGGGCUGCCUUGGGGAGGGGUGGGGGGGUUGGGUGGUAGGAUUGGUCAAACAGGGGUAGGGAAACUCAUUGCUUCUUAUUUGGGGUGCAGACCCCAAAUAAGAGGGUUGUUUGGGGUCUCGCCCAAAGGGGUGAGAUCCGCAGAGCUGCCAGCACGUGGCUUUGGUGCAGAGUUGGCAACCGAGUAAGUGACAGUUGGUUGGGUGGCGCCUGGGGACCAGAUCUGGAGGAGGGACCUGAGAACUGGGGGGCGAGUACAGGGUGGUGCCGCAAAGCCGGCAAUCCGGAGCAACAAGGGACAGGGGUCGCGUGGGACCACGCCAGGCCAGCCCGGGGCAGGUGAUGCUCCUGCUGGCUUUGGGCUUUCCACCCCGAGGAGGGAAUCAAAGGAUAAGGAAUAGAGUUUCUCCAUGUGCCCAUCACCCUUGCACCGGGCCGGCUUCCCAUAUCAAAGCAGCUCUGAGCCCCCCCAGGAAGGCAGAGAGGG